UUUGGUGCCGGCGAUAAACAAAAUGGCGGCCUCCGUGAGGAAAGUGGCCCACGACAUCGAGACGCGGCGGCGGACCGACGACGUGCUGCUGCCGGAGCAGAUCGACUUCAGCGCGCUGCUGCUGUCGCGCGCCGUGCUGGACGGGCUGUCCUCCGCGGGCUUCCGGAAGCCUUCCCCGAUCCAGCUCAAGGCGAUCCCGCUGGGCCGCUGCGGGCUCGACCUCAUCGUGCAGGCCAAGUCCGGCACGGGGAAGACCUGCGUGUUCUGCGCCAUCGCGCUGGACUCGCUGGUCCUGGAGAAUCCUGCAACUCAGGUCCUCGUGUUGGCGCCCACGCGGGAGAUCGCGGUGCAGAUCCACUCGGUGGUCACGGCCAUCGGCUGCGCCAUGGACGGCCUCGAGUGCCACGUCUUCAUCGGGGGGCGGCCGGUGAGCCACGACCGCGCGCACCUGAAGAAGUGCCACGUGGCGGUGGGCUCGCCCGGCCGGAUCAAGCAGCUCAUCGAGCUCAGCAUGUUGUCCACCGCCAGCGUCCGGCUGCUGGUCCUGGACGAGGCCGACAAGCUGCUGGAGGAGGGCAGCUUCCAGGACCAGAUCAACUGGAUCUUCUCCUCUCUGCCAGUGAACAAACAGAUGCUCGCUCUCUCCGCCACCUACCCAGAAUGCCUUGCUCAGCACCUCACCCGCUACAUGAGAGAGCCCACCUUCGUCCGCCUGAACCCCGACGACAUGGGCCUCAAAGGUCUGAAGCAGUAUUACAAGCUGGUGCAGGCCCAUCCUUUGCCUCACAAGAUCUUUCAGGAGAAAGUGCAGCACUUGUUGGAGCUGUUCAGUAAAGUCCCGUUCAACCAGGCUCUGGUGUUCUCCAACCUCCACACCAGGGCUCAGCACCUGGCAGACGUCCUGUCCUCCAAAGGUCUUCCGGCCGCCUGCAUCUCAGGCGGUCUGACUCAGGACCAGAGGCUGGAGGCCAUGUCCAAACUGAAGCAGUACCAGUGCAGGGUGCUCAUCUCCACCGACCUGACCUCCAGAGGUAUCGAUGCAGAGAAAGUGAACUUGGUAAUAAACCUGGACGUGCCGCAGGACUGGGAGACCUACAUGCACCGGAUCGGACGUGCCGGGCGCUUUGGCACUCAGGGGCUGGCUGUCACCUACUGUUGCCAUGGCGAGGAGGAGAAUAAGAUGAUGGCCAUCGCUCAGAAGUGCGGCGUGAGUUUGUCCAUGUUGCCGUCCGCCAUCGAGCCGGGGUUGAUGGACGAGCCGUGUGACUGGGACGUCUGCACCACUGCAGCCGCUCCGGGCGCCGCAGGCCAGCUGUCCUCCCGGACGCAGAAGAAGAAGAAGCAGCGUGACGCAGAUCAGCCAAUGGAGCACAGCGGUCAAAGGUCACAGGAGAAUACCGUCCCGGAGCCCACAGGAGAGACUCCCAUAGAGGACGCUCUCCCGCGGCGGCGUCUUCCUCCUCCUCCUCCGGCGGCGGCGCCAACUCGCAAGGAGCUGCAGGACGCCCUGCCGAAGAUCGCGCCGCUCGGCUCGUUCAAGAGCCGCAGGUCGAGGUUCGUGGCCUUCGAGGACGCCGAGCGGGACUUCCGCUGCUUCAUCACCACGGGGCCGGGGAGGUCGGUGGAGGUCAUCAGGGAGUUUGGGGGCGGCGAGGACCAAGAGUCCUUCACGCUGGACGACCACGACGGAGGUGAAUGUUUGAAACUCAAAACAGAACGCUGGACAGCUGACGCUCCGCCUCCCAGGACCAACUCUCAACCGGACAGCGGCAAGAGGAGACACACGCCCCAAGGGUCCACGCCCACGGGCGACGCCGCCGCACCCCCAGGGCCCACGGGCGACGCCGCCGCGCCCCCAGGGUCCACGCCCACUGGCGACGCCUCCUUAUCCGGAGAUUUUGAGGCUCCUGGGCCCGAAAAGUUCCACCAGACGUCCCACGAGUCCCGAGGGAGAGCUCCACCUCCGCCAGAGAGACGCGAGGUCAGACCCGGCGGUCAGCCGAAGACCAGCAGAUCCAAAAAGAUGACGAAGAAGAAAAGUUCGGAGGAGGAGGAAGAAGAGGAAGAAGAGGAAGAAGAGGAGGGUGCCGAGGCCGACUGGAGAGCCAGCUACAGAGCCUGGAGUGAUCACUACGCCUCCAUGACUCCUGAAGGUCACCAGAGGUACUGCAGCGCCGCCCACAGCUGGAUGGCGGCCUACCGCAUGAACGCCGUCUACAUGCAGGAGCUGCUGAAGAUGUGACCCGAUCACCGUCUCUAAUAAAUGACCUUUGACCCGCA